CUAUCGCGGCACCCACGCCAUCGUCUCGGUGUCAUGUCUCUUGCCGUCGACACUUCAACCCAUCUCACAGGUCGCAGCUCCCCAGAAGGUAUCUUGUACACGGGAGGCAGGGAUGGACUCGUCAUGUCCUGGGACCUGGGCCUUCCCAUGAAACGCCGCCCCCCACGCCAUAUCAACGGUGCACAGCACAAGCCAGCCAAUCGCUGGGAGACUCUAACAGGCAUGGCAGAUGAUUUCAUCGACGAAGAAAUAGAAGAUGAGGAGAGAAUGAGAAGUGAUGGCGACAUACUAGGCGAUGUCAAAGAAAGUUCUGGGCGGAGACGAAGGCAUCGCCAGAGUGAAGACAUACCAUAUGAAUCACAGUGGGAAAUGGAUAGUCUCGCAGAUCGACCAACUGUAAGGCCUGCUCAGUUUCGACAAUGCGCGCAGACCCAUACCGACUGGGUGAAUGAUAUUAUUCUAUGCAACUACAAUCAGACUGUCGUAUCCGCUUCUUCUGACGGCGCUGUCAAGGCCUGGAAUCCUCAUACCACAACAACUUCUAUUCCCUCAACCAUUGGCUUGCAUGCAGACUACGCUCGCUGUCUAACCCUCUGUCGUGAGCAGAAUUGGAUCGCCUCUGGGUCAUUUGACCGCACAAUCAAGCUUUGGGACCUAAGCAGAACAACGUCGCCUUCCGGUGUGCCUGACCCACUCAUGACAUUGAACCCGCCCGACGCGACUGCCCCAAAAUCGUCCGUGUAUGCAAUUGCUACCGAUCCUUUCGGUCAUGCCAUUGCAUCUGGCUCUCCAGAGCGUGUGGUUCGACUAUGGGAUCCUCGGUCAGGCAAAAGGACGGGAAAAUUAGUUGGUCACACCGAUAAUAUUCGAGCUAUACUGAUUUCAGAGGAUGCAAGAUAUCUUCUAACAGGCUCUGCUGAUGCUUCCGUCAAACUCUGGUCUCUGGCCUCACAACGGUGUCUACAUACUUUCACCUACCAUGUGGAUUCGGUAUGGUCUCUCUUUUCGACCCAUCCUACGUUGGAAGUCUUCUACUCAGGCGACAAAUCCGGUCUGGUUUGUAAAGUUGAUGUGGAGGAUUGUGUGGACGUUUCUGAGGGCGCAUGUACUGUCAUUUGUCAAGAAUCCACUGAAACGGGAACAGGAGAAGGGGUAAACAAAAUCGUGUCGGUGGACGAUCAAUUACUCUGGACAGCAUCCGGAAGCUCCAGCGUCAAACGCUGGAAAGUGCCUCAAACUCGUUACCGUCGGUCCACCAUGCAUGGCACCGAGUUUGAAGACUUACUUGCAGACUCCAUCUCCCCCAGAGCUAGACGGCGGGUAUCCGCUGGCAUUGAAGUUCCUCUUUCACCCGUUCGUUUGUCAUCACCACCUAUGUCACAUGGUCUGAGAGACCGGGAGGACGAUGAUUCUGUCCCAUUGGAAUGUCGUGUACGCCUAAUCUCUCCCAAUGACCCUUUUUCGCCCACAGCAUUUCAUCCUCGAGGGCGCGAUGCAGACGUCGCAACUUUAUAUUCUGCUGCCUCAAUAGUCUCUGUUCCAGGAGGAAAAUCACCAUUUGUUUCGACGUUUCAAUCGAAUGCGGCUACUUUACGGGGAGAUAAUCUCAGUAGUGAAACUGGUUUACCACGUACGGAUCUAGACGAACGAGAGCUUGCUGCCGAUGCUGUACCUUUCAACCGUAUCCCGGACGAUAUAAUCGCGGGAGAUCAUGGCCUCGUACGGUCUAUAAUUUUAAAUGAUCGUAUACAUGCACUUACUGUAGAUACAUCGGGGGAAGUGGCUGUAUGGGAUAUUGUGCGAGGGAUCUGUCUAGGACGAUUUCCGCGUGAAGAUGUCGCGGCCGCAAGUCGGUGCGGGAGUGUAUCUGGGACUAGUAGUGGGGGUGAGAGGGAGCGAAGUCCACGAGAAGCAUUGGAGGCUGUCAGAGAGCGCAUUGAGGGAGAGGCUGUGGUGUCGCCAUGGUCAAAUGUGGACACAAAAACUGGAGUGCUAACCAUUCAUAUCAGUGAGCGAUGUUUUGAGGCUGAGAUAUAUGCCGAUGAAGCUGGAUUCGGGUCUGAACGUCACUUCAGUGAUGAGCUAAGAUUUAAUAUUGGCAAGUGGGUGUUGAGAAAUUUAUUCCUUGGCUUCAUCCGAGAGGAACAGCGUGCCCGGAAGAAACGCGACGGACAUGAAUCUCCUUACGCGACAAUACAUCGGGGAUCAACUCCAAUACACAUCGACCUCAAUGGAAACUCCCCACUCAAUAGACCUGGGUCUGCCUCCUCCAAGAGAUCCGCACGGCUAGCUGCCCCCGCUUCUAGCAUCGUCGUGUCGUCCUCCGAGAUGAUACCCGCUGUGACUCCUACUGCCCCCUUACUCACCAGUCCGUCACCCUUGCUUACCCCUAGAAUACCACUUCAUUCCCUCAAAGCUUCACUACCGUUGUCUUCCAUCCCUCAGUCUCCUACACCGUUGAGUAAUGAGCUCACACCGAUGCCUGGACCCAUCCGGACCACAAACCUAGAUAGUUCUUCGACAGGUCCUCCCACCUCCGGCAGCACACCACGGGAGACUGAUUAUUUCUCUUCGCGUGCGCGCCGCCCGUCGACAUCAAGCGCAGGAGACGAUUUUUCUGGCUGGGGUGGUCCUGGCACCUUUUCGAGAGCAGGUGGUGGUGACUCUUCGGGUUUGCAAUCGCCCAGCACACCUAGUGGGCUUAUGGGCCGUCUGAAGAGCUUUGGAAAGAACAACCAUCGGAGGGCAAAUACAGAAUCCGGGCCUGGGUCACCGACUAUAGGUGCUUCUGCUGAUUCUUUGGAGACGCCCACUAUCCCGGAGGAAACAUCAGACCAGGCGCAAAAGACCCCAGUACAAAUCCUGUUGGCGGGUCCACUGUCGCCCCCUUCCUCAAGUGAACUGCCAACUCUCUCGCUACCACCGGACAUUUCGAUUAUCAUUUCUGAUGAGGCGUAUCCGGGGUGGAGAACGGUUUAUCGGGGCAACGUUUCAAGCACUUCGGCAGAUGUUUAUACGUUGGAGGAGACGAUACCCAUGUGGCUUUUGGAAUACCUUCUUUUGAAUAAGGUUUCUUCGACUCCACCUGUCAAAGUUAGCUUUGUUUUGUUGCCGUGGCCGAAGCAUGAUCCGGAUGGGGAACAGCUUCCAGAAUUACUCAAUACUGCGCAAUCUAAACUAACCGCGAGUCGGUUUUUGCGGGUUCGAAAACUCACGCACCAUGUCCAAGACAAGCUGGAAAAACUAGCGCAUCCGUCAGCGAGCCCUGCUGCCAGUACACCCCCUUCUCCCUUUGCUCCACGCUCUCCAGACUCACCCUCACCCUCCCCCAAAAGUUCUCGACCAAAAGCCGAAGACACUUACGAGAUCUUGUGCAACAACUCGGUGUUACCCUUGGACAUGACGUUGGCGGCUGUGCGACAGUAUUUCUGGCGACAGUCUGCUGAGCUCGUUAUGCAUUACCGCCUGAAGUAGUUUUUUUUCCCCCCGCGGACUGCUGAUACAUAAUCACAACCACAGAGUGUUGUAGCCAUGUUUUUGCGGUGUGAUGCAUGCGACGGCUUGAAGGGAUGGCCUGAUGCACUGUGUUGUUUUUGUUUGCGGACAAUCGUUUAUUAGAUGAGGCUAUAAUCGUGGUCGUGGCCACUAUAUGCUGCCUUCCCCUGCUAUUUAACCAUUGUAGCUGCAUCGUCUGUAACUUAAUACCCCUCUACUUACACCACUAUUCUCCCGCUCUUUUUUUUUUUUUUGGAAAAUGAAGUUCAUUGUAGAGUGUAUACGCUGGCUGGCAUAGAGCAGUACGUAAUGUCACGGACCCACGGUUAUACAUGUUCUGCGC